ACGCAACUUCACGUUCUGGCAUCAUUCGCACUUCUAACUUCUCUCUCUAAUCCGAGAAAAAGACACUCACUCGCACUUUGAGUUAAUUAAUAAUAAAUUCAGAUGCGCAUGGCGUUGAAAUCUUCUGAGCUGUAUAAAAGGCACUCUUUCAGAGAACUGAAGGCCAAGAUUUUUCGUGGGAAGAGAGAGAGGGCCGUGAAGGUGAUGGGAAAUCCUGUGAAGUUUGAGGGUGUGAGCGAGGAGUUGCAGAAGAUUCUGGAUGCUGACAUGGACCAGGUGGGGCCCAGGAGGCGAGCUCGUGAGGCGUUCAAGACCAUUCAGCUCUCCAUUGAUCAUGUCUUGUUCAAGACUCCAUAUGAUGGAUUGAAGAUGACGGAGUCAUAUGAAGUGAACUCUAGAGGGCUGGAGAUUUUUACAAAAAGUUGGCUUCCAGAUAGUGGUUCCCCGAAAGCAGUGGUUUGUUUUUGUCAUGGUUAUGGAGAUACCUCCACUUUUUUCGUUGAAGGAAUUGCCAGAAAGUUAGCUUCUUCUGGUUACGGAGUUUUUGCUAUGGAUUACCCGGGAUUUGGUCUAUCCGAAGGUCUACAUGGCUAUAUUCCGGAUUUUGAUAUUUUAGUUGAUGAUGUUAUGGAGCACUAUUCAAAAGUGAAAGAAAACCCAGAUCUCCAUAAGUUGCCAAGUUUUCUAUUCGGGCAAUCUAUGGGAGGAGCAGUAGCACUCAAGAUUCAUCUGAAACAACCUGAUGCUUGGAGCGGUGCUGUUCUUGUCGCACCUAUGUGCAAGAUUGCAGAAGAUAUGGUUCCCCCAUGGUUAGUGACCAAAAUUCUAAUUGGAGUUGCAAAGGUACUUCCAAAACACAAGCUCGUCCCGCAAAAGGAUUUGGCGGAAUUGGCAUUCAGAGAUGUGAAGAAGAGACAACAGACAGCCUAUAACGUUGUUGCUUACAAGCAUAAACCUCGCCUGGGAACAGCCCUGGAGCUGCUGAGGACCACAAAAGAGAUAGAGCAGCAACUGGAAAAGGUGUCUCUGCCGUUGUUGAUCUUGCACGGAAAGGAAGACAAAGUAACCGAUCCGUCUGUGAGUAAGGCGUUGUAUGAGAAGGCAAGCAGCGCGGAUAAGAAACUAAACCUAUAUGAUGGCGCCUUUCACGCUCUUCUGGAAGGGGAGCCGGAUGAGAUGAUACUCCAAGUUUUUGGUGAUAUCGUUACUUGGCUCGAUGAGCAUUGCUAAUCAUUCUUGUCACACCCUUUUAAUUCUCCGUGUACAUUAUGCCAGUGGCAUUCUUUUUUUUUUUUGAAGUUUGGGGAGGGGUAAGGUGAUAAUUUAUAUACAUUGAAGGAAAAUAAUUACAUAUAGUUGAUGAAGUGCAGAAAAACAAGACGAGAAUAUGAUAGUUCUUGCAUUGAUGUAAGUAUUGCAUGGAUUCUGAAACUUGAAUGUGUUAUAGUGAAGUUUAGAUUAAAAGUCUUAGCAGGUCGCAAGAGUCUGAAUCUUGGAUGAUUACAUGUAGUCAUGUGAUGAGAUUCACAUGAUGUCUUGUUUCUUUAUUUUUUUUUACUAAAACUGAAGUGCUAGAUUGUUGUAGUUAUUACAAUUUCUUAUGAAUUAUUUCUUUUAUUGGAGUUGGUUGAAA